AACGAACCUUCUCCGAAGAAAACUUCAGGAUUUGCGAGCUGGACCGAAGAAUACUUCGCGGAGAAGCCAAGAACACGCGGAGAGACCGACACGCACGGUUAUUAAAGGCGAAGGCCGCCUCCAGAUCCACGGCGAUGAAGAGCACCCAAACCCCGCGCCAUCACCUCCGUAACCCUCUGCUCGCCCUCCUCUUCCUCGCAGCAGCAGCAGCCCAGAUCGCCAUGGCGGCCGAGCCGGAGCAGGCGGCCGCGGCGCAGGAGGCGGCCGUGCACAUCGUCUACGUCGACCGCCCCGAGGACGCCGACCCCGAGGAGUUCCACAUCCGCACCCUCUCCCCCGUCCUCGGCAGCGAGGAGAAGGCCAGGGAGGCGGUGCUCUACCACUACAAGCACGCCGCCAGCGGCUUCUCUGCGAAGCUCACCGCCGAGCAGGUCGAGGACCUCAAGAAGCAACCAGGUGUCCUUCAGGUUGUGCCGAGCCAGACUCUCCAGCUCCAUGGACAGGAGGGUGGACAUGCCAGCACAACGCGCACCAUGGGCCUUAUGUGAAAGCCUUAUGGUAUGGGAAUGAUGAUCAGAUGGACGACGCAUCUCAUGGCUGUAAUGUAAGAAUAAAGGAUGCACCCUCAGCUUACUUCGACAGGACCCGGUUCCUGAAGUGUGUAAAUGUAAACGAACUAAUGCAUACAAGUUUGAACUAAUAUUGUGGCGAACUGAUGUGCUUGUCUAAUCUUGUUGGGAUUGCGCGUGUA